AUGUCGGCCCGGUGGUUUGCGUUCGUCGCCCUAUUGGCUGUUCUUCUCAGUGCACACACUUCUGAUGCAAUGCCACGCCCGGGACCAAUGUCUCUGAGCAACACACGGAACUGUUUCUUCUCGCCAAUGGGAUGCGUUUUUGUUCCGAAGAUGUCACGUAUUCGGAAGUUGUCGGCCGACUUUCGCAACGAAAUCCCGCCACCCGACUACAUUUGA